AUGGCAGAUUUCGAUUGGAAUAAUUAUCUAGAAGUGAAUAAAACAAUUGGUGUUCCUGAAGAAUUGUUUUCUCAUGUGGAGACCAGUCUUUACAAUGGCAUCAAGCAGGGGAUGUUACUCGAAGUGUGCCACAAGAAUAAUCCAGACAUCUACUGGAUAGCUGAAAUCACAAUGGUCUGCGGCCACCUCCUCAGAAUCAAGUUCAUAGGCGCGGCAGCAGAUUUUUGGUGUGACAUAUCAAACACGAAGGUGCAUCCUUUGGGCUGGUGUGGCAAAUACGACGAACUCAUUGAACCACCGGAUGAAAUUAAUGAGAAGUAUGGAGAUACGAUCAUUGAUAUGAUGAAGAAGGCUCUUAUGGAUGGCCAGUCGGUGUCGAUAGAGGCUUUGAACAAUAAGGGUCUGUCGCCUAUAGAUAGAAUAAAGGUUGAUAUGAAAGUUGAAGUACAGAAUGUUAUCGAUCCGUACAGAUACUGGAUAGCUACUGUGUGUGAGAAUGUGGGCGGCCGCCUCCUGCUGCGCUAUGAUGGUGCCGACGACGACCUGUCGCAGUUCUGGAUAUUCUUCUCCAACCCUCGACUGAGUAGCUUCGGCUAUGUUACCAAUAAGGGUUCUCCGUGGCAAUUCAAGUACCCGGGCAAGGUGAACAAAUUUUCAUGCAAGAACAAACUGAGCACGCAGCUGCGACAAAGCGCCGAGGAGUCCAUUAAAGAACCUACACCCGCAGACCUGUUCCAGCCGAACCAAAAUUUAGAAUCUCACAACUUCGUGAGCGGUAUGAAACUAGAGGCCUUAGAUCCACAAGACAUGAAGUUUAUUCGUCCUGCCACCGUUACUAAAGUGUUCAACAAUUUCCACUUCCUAAUAGUGAUUGACGACCACGCUGAAGACUACGAAGAUACCAAAAUGGCGUGGUUGUGUGACUCCAUGCACCCAUACAUUUAUCCAAUAGGAUGGGCACAGAAAAAUGGCCUAAGUUUUAAAUCACCAAAGAUAUGGAAAGAAGAAAACUUCGAUUGGGACGAUUAUCUUACAAUAACGUCAUCAGUUCCAGCCCCUGAUUAUUGCUUCGGGACCAAAACACCGUUGAAAGAUAUUAAAGUAAAUAUGAAAUUAGAAGCAGUUAACCCACAAAAUCAUGAAGAGAUCCACGUAGCAAAUGUUGAUGCCAUCGUGGAGCAUAUGUUAUGUGUUGAAUUGUUACCAAUUGGGGAGAAAUAUUGGUUUGCCCAAGAUAGUGACUUGUUAUUCCCUGUAGGAUGGUGUGAUAGCAAUGAUUAUGCUUUACACAUUCCUGAUACGACUGUACAAAAAGAACCACCAAAACCAAUUGAAGAAAAGGUAGUAAGUAAUGAAAGCAAAUCAGAUGAAUGGUGUGACCGAAUUUUUUUUAAUUAUAAGUGCUACGCUGGACCAUCUAUUAGCAGGAAUAAGUUGUCACAAUUGCCGAAGCAUGUGGGCCCAGGACCAUUGUCACUAGUGCUCAAGGAAGUGCUGAAUAAAAUUAUAUCGGCGUCGUACAAGCCUGCAAAGUUGUUGAAGGAUUGGGAGACUGAGGGACCACCAGAGGAGGGGAUGAGGCUGGAAAUGUUGAGAGCAAAGUUGAAGACAAGCACAUACCACGCGUACGUGCCGAUAGCGCGCUCGUGGCGGCAGGUGGCGUCGUUCUGCCACGCGGCGUGUCGGCGCCUGCAGGCCUGCCCGAGCCUGUUCGGGCCCACAGAGUACCCCAACAUGUGCCCCAACAACUGCCAGAACGUCGACAAGUCCACCUUCCAUAAUGGCACAGAACGUCGAGGUCGUCCAAAAGGCAGUCUCAACGGACGCAGGAAAAAGAGAAAAGCUGCCACAGAGAAAAAAGAGAAAGAAAAAGAGCCGCAACCAGCGCAAGAGUCUGAGAGCAACAAAGACGUGGAAUCCAUUGAGAGCGAGCACAGCGCAGGCUCCACCCCUCCUUCUGAGCAGGGCACGCGCCCAAACUCUCCCGACAGCGUCGAGUACAAGCGCACCCAACGCCGGAAACGCGAACCAAAAAAUAAUUACCCAAAGCUUGAAAUGAAAACUCGUGGCGCUAAGCUUCCAAACUUCGCUCUCCAAAUGAAAGAGGCUCAUUGGAAUAAGAAAGACAUGCAAACCAUAUACAGCAAUACAUGCGUAAAGAAACAGACCUCACAUGAUAGCGAUUCAGAGAACGAGACGAAUGAAAGCAGUACGAAUUCUAGAGAUGCCAAAAAUAUAUCAGAUGUAUCAGACUCUGAGGAACCCGAACUAAAGAAACUGAAGUUCAACACGUCUUACGAUCCUCUGCCGUCUGAUAACAAGAUGUUCGAGAAAGACAUGGCCAUGUCGUGGAUGAAAGGAAAGCUCAAACUGUCUUCGAAUCCUCUAGACUGGUCGGUCGAUGACGUUUACGCGUACUUAAGCAACACGGAGGAUUGCAAACUCAUCGCGGAGAAAAUGAAACAAGAGGAGAUCGAUGGCCAGGCCUUCGUCAUGUUAGAUCUGCCUGUUAUUAAGGAAUUUUUACACAUGAAGAAGGAAUUCGCGUUACAUUUAAGUAAACAUAUAGCUAUGAUGCGCUGGUAUAUAAUCAAUUUUGAGGAGAAUAGUGAAUCGUGA